AUGGCGAACUUACGGUACGGUGUUGUGCUUGGUGGAAUGGCUGUGGCAUUGCUGGUGUUUAUGCAGUUGAUUGUCAUCACCCAGCCUGCAAAUGAAGGACCAUCUCCAGGGUUCAACCCGAAAUUCAGUGCGUGGAGAGAUAGAGCCGGAGCCGCGACGGAUGAGGGAUUGUUUCUCGUGGGGGCUGGCAAAGCAGAUAUAACUGGCCCGGUUGUGGAGGUGGGCUUCAACGGCUAUGCCAGCUUGGAUCAGAAGGGCACGGGGCUGCGGCAGAGGCUUUACUCGCGAGCCUUCAUCAUGGCCAGUCCAGACAAAACCGACGACACUUUCAUCUAUCUGGUCCUCGAUACUCAAUCCGGGGACACCGCCAUCAGAAAUGGCGUUCUGAAAGGCCUAGCUGCCCUGGGCUCUGAAUACGCGCGCUAUGGCGAGCACAACGUUGCCUUGACAGGGACUCACUCUCACUCGGGUCCCGGUGCGUGGAUGAACUACUUGCUUCCGCAACUCCCUAACCUAGGAUUUGACAAGAGUAGCUACCAAGCUAUCGUGGAUGGUACGAUCUUGUCCAUCAAGCGCGCGCACGAAAGUUUGACCCCAGGGCGCUUGUCCUUUGGAUCCAUUACCUUGGAAGAUGCAAAUAUCAACCGCAGCCCCUUUUCCUAUGACCAUAAUCCCGAAAAUGAAAAGGCCAAAUAUUCGGCCAAAGUGGAUAAGACACUGACCCUGCUUCGAUUCGAUCGCGAAUCGGACAAGAAAACGGCAGCUGUGUUAACGUGGUUCCCGGUUCACGGGACGUCGCUGUACAACAACAACACCAUCGUGACUGGUGACAACAAGGGGGUUGCAGCCUAUCUGUUUGAACGAAGUAUUGAGGGCGACUCACGAUUUGCGGCUGAUGCUGUCAUCGGAUUUUCGCAGUCCAACGUUGGGGACACAAGCCCGAAUACCGAGGGCGCGUGGUGUGAAGAUGGCUCCAAUGUCAUGUGCAAUUACUCGGACAGUACCUGCAAUGGCUCAUCAGGAGGCACUUCGCCCGGGACCAACGAGGCCUGCCAUGGUCGAGGUCCGUUUUUCCGGGAGAAAGACAACGGCGCAAAGAGUUGCUUCGAAAUUGGCAAACGCCAGUAUGCUGCCGCCAAGAAAUUGUACGACCAAAUGGACACAGCUGGUACCGCCAUCGUCGGUAGCUCGCAUGUGCGAUCCUUCCAUGUCUACCAAGAUAUGAAUGGGUACACAUUCCCCUCGCCCUUCAAUGGAACCAUGUUGAAGACCUGUCCCGCUGCAUUGGGAUACUCCUUCGCAGCAGGCACUACGGAUGGACCGGGUGCCUUUGAUUUCACGCAAAAUGCAAGCAGCCCGGCGACCGAGAAUCCGCUCUGGAAGAUCGCGAGGGCGUUCAUCCAUCAACCCUCCAAGGAGCAAAAACAGUGCCAGUGGCCCAAAGAUGUUUUACUUGAUGUGGGAACCCUGACUGAGCCAUAUGCAUGGGCGCCUGAUAUCGUGGACAUCCAAGUCCUGCGAGUUGGCCAGCUCUUCAUCAUUGUGUCCACCAGUGAGGCCACCACCAUGUCGGGACGUCGCUGGAAAGAGGCCAUUGCCCAAGGUGCAAAGAAGACCCUCUCUGUUUCGGACCCACAGGUCGUUCUCGGGGCUCCAUCCAAUAGUUAUGCUCAUUAUGUGGCCACCGAGGAGGAAUACAGUGUUCAGCGCUACGAGGGUGCUUCUACCCUGUACGGCCCAAGCACUCUCGCCGCUUACAUCAACUUGACCCUCACGUAUCUUCCGUAUCUUGGAAGUUCCUCUGACAUUGCCAAACUGACGACGAUUCCCGCGGGACCCAGUCCCCCCGUCAACAGUGACCGAUCUCUGAGCUUCAUCACGGGCGUGGUCUACGACAACCCCCCGAUCGGCAAAUCCUUUGGUGAUGUGCUAUCCAACCCCGACAAACGCACGUAUGGGCCCGGUGAUACGGUCAAUACCACUUUUGUCGGCGCCAAUCCUCGCAACAAUUUCCACUUGGAAUCCACCUACGCCGCCGUCGAACGGCAGACGGAAUCGGGCAGCUGGGAAAUUGUUCGGGAUGACCGUGACUGGAACUUGGUCUUCCUCUGGAAACGCACCAACGGCGUGCUCGGCUACAGCGAGGUGACAUUGCAGUGGCAGAUUGAAGAUUCGUAUUACAGUGUCGACGACCCAAGCCCCGUGAGAAGCGGGACGUACCGGAUGCAUUACUACGGAGACUCGAAGAAUGUGCUCGGAAAGGUCAACUCAUUCGAAGGUAUUGGUGGCAGUUUCACUGUGAAGGUAUGA